AUGGCCCAUCAUGACUUCCAGAGGUGCAAACAUACAAGUAAGCUCGAUGCUAUUCGAGAGAAACUGCGGGAAGGUCCCGGCUUUGCCGAUUUUGUGUCUGAAGACCGUCCUAAAGACUGGGAGGAUUAUGAAGGCAAAUUGAAGAGAGAAAAAGGAGAAGCGGAAAGAUUGAGGCUGCCUCCCUGGUUGAAAACCACUAUACCUACUGGGUCAAAGUUCAGUGGGAUAAAGAAGCAGCUUCGUGAGUUGAAACUGAGCACAGUGUGUGAGGAAGCACGCUGCCCUAACAUCGGGGAGUGCUGGAGCGGGGGCAAACAUGGCACAUCUACAGCUACUAUAAUGUUGAUGGGCGACACGUGCACCCGAGGCUGCAUGUUCUGCUCAGUGAAGACGUCCCGCCGGCCGCCGCCGCUGGACCCGCUCGAGCCACGCAACACCGCGCACGCAAUCAACCAGUGGGGGCUCGGGUACAUCGUGCUCACCUCCGUCGAUAGAGACGACUUGCCCGAUGGUGGAUCUGCUCAUUUCGCUGAAACUGUAAGGGAAAUCAAAAGACAGAAUAAGGACAUCCUGGUGGAAUGUCUAGUGCCAGACUUCAGAGGUAACCGGGAUUGUAUUCAGACCAUAGCGGAGUGCGGGCUGGACGUGUUUGCACAUAACAUAGAGACGGUCGAGCGACUCACACCCUUCGUCAGGGAUCCUAGAGCUGGAUAUCGUCAGACUCUGAAGGUACUGCAGACAGCCAAGGAAGUGAACCCGGACCUAAUAACCAAGUCCUCGAUCAUGCUGGGACUUGGCGAGACUGACGCGCAAGUCGAACAAACUAUGAAAGACCUUCGCGAGGCGGGUGUCGACUGUCUAACAUUAGGCCAAUACAUGCAGCCAACAAAACGACAUCUAAAAGUCUUUGAAUACGUCACUCCGGCUAAAUUCAAGGAGUGGGAGGUCCGGGGCAAUGAACUCGGGUUCCUGUAUACCGCCAGUGGACCUCUCGUCAGGUCCUCAUACAGAGCUGGAGAGUUCUUCAUCACCAGCUUACUCAAAGACAGGAAGGCGAAAAGUUUGUGACAUGAAGAUUAGUUGAUAUGCCGAAUGGAUUCCGAUUUUGAUAUCGAUAUUCCGAUUUUUAUAUCGAUGUUCCUAUUAUGAUAUCGAUAUUUCGAUCUAUCCAAUACACUGACAUCACUCAUUCUAGUUUAUUGUAUAUCUAUAUAUUAAUACGUGAAGCAAAAACUUUGUAAUUCUUUUUACGAAAAUUGCGCGGACGUAGGAGCAUAAAAUUUGGUACACUUAUAGUUUAUGUGUAGGAGAAGUGCAUAGCGCUAAUAUUUUUCAAAAAUAAUGCUUAUAAAGUACAUUAAAUCAAUAAAUAAAAUAUUACACACACAUGCAUAGUAUCUGAUCGUAUUUGACAAAACGUCAAAAUCGAUAGAUAUUGCGAUGAUAUUCUCACGUCUCAUAUGAAAAGAGUUUUAUAAAAGAGUUUGAGUUAAAUAAAAAUUAUCCUUCAACGUACGUUAAGUGGUAUUGUAAAUUAAAUCAUAUAUGGUCGAAUUUCGGCCACUAGGCGACCACUAGUUGUAUUUUAUACGCCAGGGAUUCCCAACCACUUUUUGGGUUUACUGAAGGCAAAAGUGGCAUGAUAAUAAUACGAAUAUGAUCGAGUUGAGAAACCCUGGUGUAUACAAUUUUCGACAUGGCCCACUGUUUUGUACUUUAAAAGCGAUGUAGAUCUAUAAAUAUUUAUCUUAAAUGCAAGCUAGUUAAACAGACAUGCUAAAUUAAUUGAUCUUUGUGCAAUUUAUAAUACUCUAUGAGGAUUCUGUUGUGUAGACAAGUCUUUUGAAAUAACAAAGAUGCAUUCGACUUGGUUUUGAACCUUUUUGCGAUAACUUACUAGUGUUGCCUGUUUUCACCAACAUCUCCUUUAAGGAAAAUUAAGGAACCCAUUGGUGACACUUAACCACUCAAGUCAAGGGCUAGUUUAGGUGAUAUGACAAGCUUACUGCCAUACUCAGACACAUUUAAUGUUUAAUCAAACAAUUCCUUAACACAAACAAUAAUUGUUAAAAAGCUGUUUAAGUAAUCAUUAAAUGUUUCUGAGUGCGGCAGUAAGUAUCUUUUAGUCAUGAGAUUGUUUAGACCAUGAGAUGGUUGGUCAAAACGGCCGUAAGUGUUAUAAUAUUUUUUGUGUUAUAAGUUAUAAUAGCACUCCUCUCACAAUUUAGAAUUAAUGGUGUAUCAUGUGGUACAUGGUAACAUGGUACAUCUAUAAAGCCUCAGAAAUAAGUCAUAAUUUAUUUUGGAUUUGUUUUGUUUAUGUUAUUGUUGUAAACUUUUAGCUCAUAUUUUUAUGAACAAAUAAAUAUAUUUUAUUAC